AUGCACUUCACCGCCAGCGCACUCCUGCCCGGCGCUGAUGGCGCGCACAAUUACACCGGCGAGAACGAUACUCUGAUGCCCAGGGACAGCCAUAUGAUGAUGGGCGGCAGUUUGGCUAACUUCAGCGACCCCGUGAGUAACACAUCAGACCGGUUCGGGCGUAACGAGGAAGUGGCCAAAAUCGAGAUCACAGUCCUGAGCAUUACUUUCGUGGUGGCAGUGGUGGGCAACGUCAGCGUGCUCCUGGCGCUGAACAACAGCUCCAAGAAGAAAAAGAAAAGCUCCAGGGUCCACCUUUUCAUCAAGCACUUGAGCCUGGCGGACCUUGUAGUGGCCUUCUUCCAGGUGUUGCCCCAACUUUGCUGGGAGAUCACCUUCCGCUUCUAUGGCCCGGACUUCCUCUGCCGGAUCGUCAAGCACCUGCAGGUGCUGGGCAUGUUCGCCUCGACCUACAUGAUGGUGAUGAUGACCCUGGACCGCUACAUAGCCAUCUGUCACCCGCUCAAGACGCUGCAGCAGCCCACGCAGCGCGCGUAUGUCAUGAUCGCGUCCACCUGGGCGUGCAGCCUGGUGCUGAGCGCGCCGCAGUACUUCAUCUUCUCCCUGAGCGAGAUCCAGAACGGGUCGGACGUCUACGACUGCUGGGGUCACUUCGUUGAACCGUGGGGUGUGCGCGCCUAUAUCACCUGGAUCACCACCGGGAUCUUCCUCAUCCCCGUGGUGGUGUUGGUGAUCUGCUACGGGUUCAUCUGCCGCAGCAUCUGGAUGAACGUCAAGUACAAGACCCAGAGGCGAGCGGCCGCGACAGAGUCCCCGCACCGGAGCGGUCUGAUCGGCAAGGCGUCCGUGAGCAGCGUCACCAUCAUAUCCCGCGCCAAACUCAGAACCGUGAAGAUGACUUUCGUGAUUGUGCUGGCAUACAUUGUGUGCUGGGCUCCGUUCUUCAUUGUACAGAUGUGGUCGGUGUGGGACGUAAACUUCUCCUGGGACGAUUCUGAGAAUACGGCUGUCACGCUAUCCGCAUUGCUGGCGAGCCUCAACAGCUGCUGUAACCCUUGGAUCUACAUGCUCUUCAGCGGACAUCUGCUUUACGACUUCGCACGUUUCUUCCCUUGCUGUAACAGACUUGGCCGCGCGUGCCGAAAGGAUUCGGACGGCAGCUUGCGCAGGACCACACUACUCACGAGACUGCCGGCCACGCGCAACCCAAAUGAGGGUUCCGACACAUGGAAGGAUUGUGACAACUCGCGAAAGUCCAGCCAGUCACUACCGAUGGAGGGAAACGGCAGGUGA